CAGGCAACAAGCUAAUGUAACAUAUGCAACGCAAUGAGUACUUGUACGUGCAGAAUUCCUCUUAUAAUUUCAAAACGUACAACCUCUAAUUUAUCAACCACGACGGGACUCUACAUCCUAUAUCACGCUAUAAUCCAUCGUUGCCCAACCGAGAUCUCUUUCAUCUCCUUCUCACCACCGGUUCGUUAACCGCCUCCAUCGCCGCACAAACACGCAGAACACACACACUCAAUAUACGUACGUACAUUUGUAUCUACAUCCGCGGCGAUAAAUAAUUAUGGGUGGAAAUAACAGAAAAAAGUCAAACAAAGCGAAAAGCCGCAGGUCACAGGGCUCUGCUUCUUCUUCUAAAGGAGCCCUCUUUGUAGAAGGUGGGGUAUUAUCUGAUUGGUCCGCUUUUAGUCCUCCUCCUUCUACAGGGAGGAAGUGGAAUAACGGCGGAAAUGGGAAAUCGAAGUCGGCUUCGAGAUCCGGGGGAGGAAAAGGGAGCAAUUCGGAUACGAAACCCGGUUCGGGUUCGGGUCCCAGCAGCGAGUCUAGGAAGAGUAGAGGAAAUGCAAUCGGCUACGUGUACACAAAGGAAAAUGCAUUUACGGACAUGGGUGAAAACGGAGAGAACAAAUUUGACAAGUCAAAACCUAUAGUUUUGAUUGAUUCUGGGAAGACCCCAAUUGUUGCCUAUAUGGACGAAGGACCAGUUAAGGAACCCCAACCUGUUGAAUGUAUGUAUGACUAUACUACGAAUUUCACAUUGGAUGAUAGCUCGCACAGGGGAUUGGGUUUCUAUGAUGAAAUGGAAGCAACUCCGAGCGGUUUUGGAUCAUCGUCCAAAAUGGUUGAGAAAGAGGGUUCUACUUUCGACUCAGCUUCCUCUGAGGAGGAUGAGAUGGAUGCUGAUGUUGAUUUUGUUCAAGGUGCAAAUACCAAAAUUGAUGAGGAAUUCCUGGCGGAGAUGUCAACUGAGGAGGAAAGUACAGGCUUUCUGCUAAUUGGAGGUAGGAAAAUAUAUACUCAUGAUAUCUCUGAUGAGGAUGAAGAAGAAUUGAUUGAUGAAGAAAGCUCAGGUUCUCACGACACAGAAGAUUCCUGCACAUCAUCUGAUAGUGAUGGCUCGUCAUAUAGUGGUUCAGACAUUGAUGAAGAAGUCGCCGCAGAUUACUUUGAGGGCAUUGGUGGGGCGUACAACAUUGUAAAUGCUGAUCAGUUGGUUGGACAUAUUUCUGAUGUGUCUGGCAGUCGUAGCAAUUCUAAGGUGAACUUUGAUGACACUCUAGAGAAGUUGGGUGGGAUUGCUCUUCAGGAGGCAUCGAGAGAGUAUGGUAUGAGGAAGCCUGAAUCAGGAAGAAAAAAUCACGUGGAAGAUCGCAAAUCUCCAGCUGUUAAGUAUGCUUGGUCAUCUGCUCUGGAUGAUAUAAUGCUUGUAAAGGAUCCAAGAAAUGCUUCUGGGAGAAAGAAACAGGUCGCUAGAUUUCCACAAUCUUGGCCUUCUGAAGGUCGCAAGAACAAGAAGUUCAGGAGAAUACCAGGUGAAAAAAAGAAGCAUCGCAAAGAAAUGAUGGCAGCAAAGCGUCUGGAUAGAAUGAUUCGCCGUGGUGUAGAUCUUCAGCAGAUAAAUUUGAAGUUGCAGCAGAUGGUUUUGGAUGGAGUUGAUAUGUUAUCUUUCCAGCCUAUGCCCACACGUGAUUGUUCUCAGGUUCGGAAACUAGCUGCAAUUUAUCGCUUGAGAAGUGAUUGCCAAGGAUCUGGCAAGAAGAGGUUUGUGACGGUGAUCAGAACACAGCAUACAUGUAUGCCAUCUCCCAGUGAUAAAAUUCGCAUGGAGAAGCUGAUAGGAGCAGAUCACGAGGAUGAUGAUUUCACGGUGAGCAAUAAGAAGUAUGUUAAAGCAGAUCGAGAUGGAAAUGCCACUUCAAACUCACAAUCUUCCCGGAGAAAAUCAAGUAAGAAUAUAUCAACCCACCAUGCUAGUAGGGAAGCGAGAAAGAUAAAUGGGGCCGGGAAAGUAGGAUCCUAUGCAGCUCAGCCUCUGUCAUUCAUCUCAAGUGGUAUUAUGAGUUCUGAGUCGAGAACCAUUGAAUCAAAUGAAACAAAUGAAAUAGGAACUGAAAGCAAAGAGGUUUCUGACUCAGUGGAAUAUGGUGCAUUUGAGAUGCACACCACAGGGUUCGGGUCAAAAAUGUUGGCCAAGAUGGGAUUUGUGGGUGGAGGCUUGGGAAAGGAUGGAAAAGGCAUGGCGCAGCCCAUUGAAGUGCUUCAACGGCCUAAAUCACUUGGCUUGGGUGCUGAGGUCCCUGAAACAAGUGAUAAAUCGACAAAAAUGCUAUCUCAACCUAUGUCAGUUGGAUCAGGUGGAAAGUUUUCUGGGAAAAAUGAGAAAUUGGCGAGGAAAGAAACUCAAACAUUUGGCAGUUUUGAAAAGCAUACCAGGGGAUUUGGAUCCAAGAUGAUGGCAAAAAUGGGCUUUGUUGAAGGCUCGGGCCUUGGCAAGGAGUCACAAGGCAUGGUCAAUCCCUUAGUGGCAGUGAGACGUCCAAAAGCAAGAGGCUUGGGUGCAACGAGUUGAAACUGUACUGUUCAUUUAGAGGAAAAGCCUAUUUACCUUUCAUUAAGGACGUCUUUAUGUGGGUGACAUGACAUCCAUAUGCACCAUUUACAGGUUUCAAUUGAUGUUAAUGGUAUUUUACUUUGUCGUAGUCUACUUGGAUGAAUGGUGAGGAUCUUCUCGGAUUCACUACGAUUUGAUUAGGAUGAAGGGGAGAAGCUAUGCUUGUUCUCUCAUCUUUUCCAUCAGUAUGAAAUGCCCGUUUGGUACGACGAGUUGCAGUUGCAUGAAUAAUACGUCCACAAUUUGAGUA